ACCCCCGCCCCUGGCCCAUCUCCCCGCCUCCCGAAGCCCAGGCCAAGGCGGGGAUUUGGACCAUGCUGGGGGCGGAGCUUACGGGGCAAGAUGGCGGCCGCCAGGUCCUUGUCGCUAACGGCCGCGGCGUUCAGGGCGGUCAUUCCUUGGCGCCGGGGCAGGCUCCUCGCGUCCUCUCCCGGGCUUUGGACCCGGUGGGAAGCGACGUCCUCCGUUCCAGAGGCUGGCGAGGGACAGAUCCGCCUCACGGACAGCUGCGUCCAGAGGCUUCUGGAAAUCACCGAAGGGUCAGAAUUCCUCAGGCUGCAAGUGGAGGGAGGUGGAUGCUCCGGAUUCCAGUACAAAUUUUCACUGGAUACAGUUAUUAACCCCGACGACAGGGUAUUUGAACAGGGUGGGGCGAGAGUGGUGGUUGAUCGCGAUAGCCUGGCCUUCGUGAAAGGGGCCCAGGUGGACUUCAGCCAAGAACUCAUCCGAAGCUCAUUUCAAGUGUUGAAUAACCCCCAAGCCCAGCAAGGCUGCUCCUGUGGGUCAUCUUUCUCUAUCAAAAUCUGACACAGUGACAGAUGACCUUGGGAUUGCCCCCAGUUGUACCAGUGUGAAAAACCUGGGAACAGAAUUCUGGAGAUUUCUUUCUUAUCAUGUCCCAUUCUCACUUUAUUUAAUUUAAUUUAAUCCAGGAGUGUUUUAUUUUUACCACUAUUAAUUAUGGAACAUGAAGCUUUUACUCUUGGCCACAACACUCUCCCCUUCCCUGGCACAAUGUUAAGGCCAAGGCCAAGUGCUGUUACCUCAACUUUAAUCACUGGUUGGAACCCAGUAUAAUCUGUAGCACUUCCAAGACUCCAAAGUUUGGAGUUAACUUCUCUACCUUCAGAAUUGUUUGUAUAUAUGUGUAUAGCUAUGUAUAAAGCAUCAUCUUGAACUAUU